GUGUGUGUGUGUGUGUGUGUGUGUAACAUUAGCCCAGCCCAACAGCCCGUCCUACUUCCCCUCCCUUUCCUCCAACAGUGUCAGUCGGUUCGCCCGCAGCGCUUGCGUUUCUCUCGGCAGGGUUUUACUUCAGAGAUGGCUGCGAAAGUGUGUAGAUCGGUCCUCCUCCUGUCCCGGAGCAGUGGAGCCUUAGCCUCUUCUACCUUUCCCGCUUUCGGGCUGUCCUCACAUCGACAUCAUCAGAGCACAAGAACGGAGGCGCUAUCCAUUCCCCUCGGAAGUCACCAGAUUAUCAGGAGAGCACACGGCCUGAGAACAGGUGCCAGUUCUGCUCUCUUCAGCCACCCCAGUGCCACUUUGCCAGCCCAGGGCUGGAAGUGCUCCCCCUCAUGGCAGGGUCAAAGACUACUAUGUUCACCUGCUGCUACAGAAGAUGUCACAGUGCUGUAUCAGAACGGCUUGCCAGUGAUCUCUGUAUGUCUGCCGUCCCGACGAGAACGCUGCCAGUUUACCCUCAAACCCUUGAGUGACACGGUGGGUGUUUUCCUUCAACAACUGCAGGCAGAAGACAGAGGCAUCGACAGAGUCGCCAUCUACUCUACAGAUGGAGCAAGGAUAUCGUCCUCUACGGGGGUGGAUAUUUUACUUUUGGACAACUUUAAACUAGUCAUUAAUGAUACAACACAUCUGGUGGAGCCGCCCAGGAGAGAUUUACUGCCACAUGAGGAAGCAGAGCGACUGAACGAUGUCAAGUUCUUGGUGCAACAGCUCUACACCACACUGCACAUAGAGGAGCAUCAGCUCAGCAAAGAGAGAGAGCUGACUGGACGACUGGAGGACCUCAACUCUCAGCUCCGCCCACUAGAGAAGGUGAAAGAUGAGCUGUGUAAGAAAGCCGAACGCAGAACUACUUGGGUGCUGUGGGGUGGGAUGGCUUACAUGGCCACGCAGUUUGGCAUUCUGGCUCGUCUGACCUGGUGGGAGUACUCAUGGGAUAUUAUGGAGCCCGUCACUUAUUUCAUCACCUAUGGCACAGCCAUGGCCAUGUAUGCUUACUUUGUGCUAACACGUCAGGAAUAUAUUUACCCAGAUGCCAGGGACAGACAGUACCUGCUGUUCUUUCAUAAGGGGGCAAAGAGAACACGCUUUGACAUUGAGAAGUACAACAAACUGAAGGUUGCGAUUGCUGAGGCUGAGGUGGAUCUAAAGCGUCUUCGAGACCCCCUGCAGAUGAACCUCCCCCUCCAACAAAUCGAUGCCAGCAAGGACUGAUGAGAACAUGAACCCUUCCUCCUCGCACCCAAAUUUCAUUCUUACUGUCAUGCCAUUCUUUCUGGUUUUGUUUUCUCUCUAUUUUUAGCUUUUCCGCUAUCCACAGCAAUCUUCUGAGAUUUAUUAGCGUUAUUUGUUUCCUUGUCUUUUAUUUGAAGCUAAUCUGGCACAUCUAUGCAGAGGAGAAGGGAAUACAAUUAAACAAAAGAAAUAAAAUGACAUCCUCGAACGGAUGGUGAUGAGUUGCUUGCUGAUCAAAGCGCUUUGAUAACGCUACUACUGAACCACAGAGAAAAAGCCGCAAUUUACAGGAAGUCCCUGCUUUCAGGUGGGAAGUUGGGACAUUGGGUUGAACAGUUUUUUCCACAUUGGAGUACUGCUCUUCCUAACUCUGACAUUUUGCCGAAGAGAUGUUGGGAUGUUGCUCUUUUCCUCUUUGGAGAAGAUGUGUUUACCAUCGAACCAGUCCUCUUGUGGCUAUAACGCUGCAUCGACGCCUGUACCUGUUCCUAAAAGCCUAAGCUAAACCCCCUUGACUCACCCAAAUUUCUUUCUUGCUUCCUGUACGGACCUGUUAAAAGCUGAAGACAAAUCUAACAGCUAAAAUAUCACUGUGUUCUAUUAUUCCAAAACGAAAUUGAGAUUUUGGCACUUUUUAUUUUAAAAGCCGUAGUAUGUUUAUUAUUAUGAUGGAAAAACAAAUGAGAAGACACUUUUUUCUUCUUCUCAUUUUUAGAGGAUUUUCUCUUUUUUUUCUCAUGUUAUGCCAUCCGGCAUCACAUAUCUGCAAAUGCCCUGUAUUUUCUUAAAAAAUAGAGCCGAUAUGAGAAUUACCUGUGAGCACGUGUAAGAGAAUUAGCAGUAACACUUCGCAUUAUCCUUUCCUUUGUUUAUGGUUUAUAAAAAGGUUAAUUAUUGAUGAAUAAUUCAUUAUAUUACAAAUACAUUAUAAAUAUUUUAUAUGCAGUUAUAACAUGAUUAAAAAAGGGGACUUUAGUGCAAUACUUGCCAAAUAGUGAGUGUUUUAUCUUGCAUGUUAUAAAUGCUUUAUACAUAUAUUAUUAUAGUGAGAUGCGGCUACAGCACGCUUUGUGUUUAUAUUCAAGUCUUAUCACUUGUGAUGUCAAUUUCCUGUCACAUUGAUGUCAAAAGAAUGGUGACACUCCGAGUGCCGUCCCAACUUACCUAAAGUCCUCUGCAUUCUUCAUAUGUGUCCACUUUACAUUAAUGUACAUUUUCAGUGUUGUUAAGCAUUUAUAACAAGUUAGGUAAAAUGGCUCACUAUUUGGCAGGUAUUCAAUUAAAGUGACCCUUUUUUUGUAUGUUGUUAUAACCACAUAUCAGUGAUUUAUAAUGCAUUUGUAAAUGGCUUAUUAAUCAUUAAUAAGCCCCUUUCUAAACCCAUUACAAAUAAGACUUCUAAUGUUUUUUAGAACCUCACUUUUUGAUUUAGAAGUAACAUGAGGUCUGUGGUUAACAGUACUUGAAGAGGUAUUCUGCAAAAUAAAUGAUACACAUUCAUGCUUCAAAUGUGAAUUUUGCAAUUGCUUUAAAAGCGUUCGUUGAUCACAAGUAUGUCCAAUUCGUGAAACAUGCAAACUCGCAUGCUUUUGGUAGUUGCAGUCCUUAUUAUGCAUCUUUUGUUAAAAAUAAUAAGAAAAAAAAAUGGUUUGAGGUGUGACUGUGUGCAAUUUAUGAUGUAAAUCCAAACGUGAAAGUAAUGUUAACCAUAGGCAUUAUUUUACUCAUAAAUACAAAACAGAUAUGAUAAAAACCCAUUGGAAAUUCCCAAGGGAUUCCAGAGGUGAAUGACCUUUUCGAGUUGACUUUUGACAAAUUGAGAUCUUGGCUGGACAGCUCUAUUCCCAUUAUAAAAUGAAGCUCAAAUUGUCCAUCCCUAACACUGUGUGCAUUUCAUACUGAUUUUAUUACAUUAUAGGUAUGAGGAAACGCACUUGGAUGCUUUGCAGAUGUGCAAAGAUUUGUUUUGACUGGUUUUCAUUGGUUCUUUUCAAAGGUUUUGCCCUUAUUUUCUCUUUAAAUCUUCUGUCAAACAACAUGAAAUGUUAUUUUCACACAGUGCCUCACAGCAUCCGCUGCAGUGUGCUUGUUAGGGUUCUGAUAUUCUUCUGAACAAACACAUGUUAAUUAAAUACAAUCCAAGAAACUGACCCAAUCGAACCAUCUUAAAGGGAAAGUCCACCCAAAAAUGAAAUUCCUCUCGGCGGAUAUUGAAUAACAUGAGGAUGGAUGAAUAAACAAAGACAGAAUUUCAAUUUCUGGGUGAAGGAUCUCUUUAAGGCAGGUCACUGUGUAAAAUGUGAUUAAUUUUCUUUAGCACAUUUUGGACACAAUCAAGUUCUCGUAACUCAUGUGGCGUUUUUAAGCUACAUAUAUCUGCCUCAAUAUGCCAAGAGUCUUCUAGUACAUGCUGAGAACGUGUAAUAUAUUAGAUCCUAGAAUUAGCGUGUGUUUUGCACACUUUGUGGCAUGCUAUAGAGAGAGAUCGUCUCAUCCGAUGUCUAAAUGUGGUAUCUUUAGCAGACAGGCCUUAGCAGUGGUUUGGCCGAUCUUCAGCAUCUUUUCCAUGGGUUAGGUGCAAUGAUUAUUCGCCCAGUUAUCACGGCGAUCCAUGAUCAUCAAAUAUCUUUUUGGGAUAUGAGAAGCUCUCAUAAUGCGUUUCCCUUCAAGUGUUUUGUGUUAACAUAAAUGGCUCCUUCUUUAUCAGUGUGUUUGAAUUAGUCGCUUGUUCUCGGAGCAAACUGAUCAUAUGAAGACAUUUGAAGGAAAAGUGAUGUUUCACUGGACCAUUAUCCAGACCCAUGAUCAUUUGGUCUCUUAUGGGAUUGACUCGUCCUCCUCUAUACUACAUACUUGGAGAAAUACCUCUAUGGUACUGUAGUUGACGUCCAUCCGUUAUGAUUUUGCCUAUUUGCUCUUCUUAAAUAAUUUUAAAGCCAUAUUCAUGUUUUGUCAGUGUCUGUAUAGCCACAUAAGUGUCUGCAAUCCCCAUAGCGGCAUGUAUUUGAGUGUCUGUUCUUACUGUAUGUUUACUAUAACAGGGUGAGCCUACAGCUCUGAAGGAAAUAUGUCAUUAUUUAUCCACUCAUGUCUUUUACAACCUGUAUGCGAUUUUAAAACAAAAUUCGAAAUUUUGAAGAAUCUUAAUGCUGCUCUUUCCCAUAUAACGACUGCUGUCAAGCUCCAAAAACGCACCAUACAAGUAGUAUAUAUGACUUAUGCACUAUUCAAGUCUUCUGAACUCAUGCAACAGUGUUGUGUGAACUGAAAUUGGAGUCACUAUUACCGGAAAAUCUCUAGCAAGUUUGAUUAUGCACAACCGCAAAUGAAAUUUGAGAGCAGAGGGGAAGAUGAUCAGUGAAUAACUGCUUACAUUUCAGUCUGUUCCUCACACAAAGCUCUCAUAUGGUUUCAGAAGACUUUGAAUAUAGUGUGCGAGUUGUUUUGACUGCUUUUAUGAUACGUUGAUGGAGCUUUUUGGCCUUUUUUGGAGCUUAACAUAUAAAUCACUUUCAUAUUUUUGUCUUGUUUUCCAGUAAAAAUAUCAAAACAUCAGAUCAUUUUUUCUUGUUUUUAGAGAAAUUGACUCAUUUUAGAUAAGUAAAAAUGUUGUAACAUUAGUACAAAUAAAUAAAUACAUUUAGUUUUAAUAAAAUGCAUCAUAUUUAAAGGUGCAGUAUGUAAGAUUCAGAAACCCUUGUUAUUAAUGACACCUGUGGCCGUUAGGUGAACUGCAGACAGCUUCCUGUUGCUUGUGCACACACUCCAUAGGGACGUGAGCGAGCAUCCAAAACAAUGAUGUAACAUACAAAGAGACUGAACGUGAUUCACUGACAGAUGAGGUAGCACAAUUAAAAUGACACAGUUAUGAUUGUUUUAAUACUAACAUAAACGUCACAUCCUUUGGAUUUUCCCGGCAAAAGCGAUUCGCUCACUUCACAUGAAAAUCAGUCUACAGGCUUUAAUAAGGCAACCUAGGAAGUCUGGGAAGGGCUAAUUUUUUAAGUUGCAUUACAAAAAUGCAAAUAUUACAUGAAAAUUUUACAUAUUGCAUCUUUAAUAAAAAAAAAAAAAAAGUAGUAACAUUCUUAUUACAAGAAAAGACUAUUUGCCAUUGAGGUAUCCCAACUAAAUGUUAUUCGAUUCCUCUGCUAACAGGAUUUAUAAUAUGUUAUUUUAAUUCUGGUUCUCAAGUUCUUUAGAUAUUUUACUUAAAAAUAAGACAAAAAAAAAAAAACUAUAUUUUUGCAUUAGUUGUAUGGAAAAGAUCAGCAUGAACAUUCGUUUCCAUUUCACAGAAAAUAAUACAUGGUUGGAUCAACAUGAGGGUGAGUAAAUGAUGACCACAUUUUUAUCAUAAUUACUAUUUUUUAAAUCAAAUAAUAAAAAAAAACGAAUGAUUCCUUUAAAAAGAACUUUGGAAGGGAAAGCACAAUCCAUUCAUCGUAAACCUCUAAACUGUGGCUUUUGGAUUUUGCAUGUCUGGCUGAAUGUUUGAGAGUGGAAGUUGUUGUUGUUGGUUGUUGUUGAGGAGAGUUCAGGUCAAAGGGCAUUACCAAGAGUGAACAACUGAUUUAAACUCAUUUAACACAGCCGUAUCCGACCCAGCAGGUUUGAAAUGAAAUGCUUCUCUCUUCUAUCAAAAGUUGUGUUUGAACAGUGUUUGUUGGACCACAUGAGUGGAGUUCACAUGUGUUUUAUACAUGGACAGAGCUGGUGAUUUUGCCAAGAGGAACAAUUCCUGGAACAGCAUAUUUUUCAAACCAACCCUAACAUUAACUACACCUAUAAUGCCAGAGGGAAAAUACUAGUUGAUACAGAAAUGGUUACUCCUACUUUGCAAAAUCACAGUCACCAGACACGGCUAUCUGUAACAAUGUGACAUUAUGAAUUCAUGCAUUUAUAUCCGUUAACUCUUUAAUGCAAACAUCUUGUUUUAUGUUGACAAAGUAUAGACGUUCAUGAAUGAUAUAUUCAUGCAUAAUCUUCAUCCAAAGCAAUCCAGAUCAACUUGAGCAUACUGUAAAUCCAUCCAACUGCCUCACAUAUGUGAUCAACAAUUAUAAAUUCAUCCCAAACACACUCUUAAAAUGUUAGUGCAGGGCAAUGCAGUCCAAAAAACAUGCCCAUCAAACCGACCGCCCUUGACCUAAAUCGAAAGUUCUUGGGCCUGAUCAUUAUUAUUAAUGAUAAGUUUAACUUCUUCUUGUAGUUUAUUUUGAAGGGUUUCUUUUUGUUUCAGGGAUUUUUAUAAUAGCAUAUCAAAUGUAUGGAACUUAUUCUAAAGCGGGUGUUGCAUGAAUGUAUGUUUACAUAGGGAAAUUAUAUAAAAAUGAAUUUAAAAAAAGAAAAAAGAUUAUUAUGAAUUUUUAGUCCCUCUAACCCUCUAUGGCCUCAUCUACUGCAGUGGCCCUGAAUGAUAAAGGAUCUCAACUCUUUCAGUCUCUACUGCUGCUCGACCGCUGCAGUGCUGCCUUUAUUCUGAACUAAGAACAGAGAGCAUGGAAUGGACAUGAGCCCAUUAUUUCUCCACCUCUGAGGCCACUUGCUUCACCCAUGUUUCUUUCUUUAGUCCGUCUCUAUACUCCCACACCGAUUACAUUUGAAAAUAUGUGUUUUAUUUUAAAGACCUCUCAUGUGCACUUAGAAUGAAAAUUAUAUUUCGGGGAAAAAGGAAAUGUGUGUCAGAAUGAAAAACAUUUUUGCUUUAUUCAUAUGCUUUAUUUGUUCAUUGUUUUUUCAAUGGCAUUGGAUGCUGUAAUGUUAGAAGACUUUAAAAAUGAAAAUGUAAAAUCCUGUAUCAUUUAUGAAACGUGUAUAAAAAUGUAAUUCAAUUAUCAAUAAAUACAUAUCCAAUUUUGGAACCAGUCGUCAUUUUAUUUUUAGCCAUCUUGGAAAUGCAAAAUAAAUGAGAGAUAACAUGGAGUAUUUGUACUUUUAUAAAUUCAUUUGUCACACCGCAGGAAUAUUUAAUUGAGCUG